AAAAGAGAAAAGAAGAAGAAAGAAGCAAACCCUAGUAUAAACACCAACAAACAUCUUCCACUUUUUGAUUUCUUUCUUGUUUGGCAUUAUCUCAUAAUUCAUCAUCAACAUCAUAUCAUUCACAUCAAUUCACUCUCUAUAAACAAACCAAUGCUCUUCUUCUUCUUCUUCACUCUAUAUUACAUUUCCUAACUAAAGUUGGUACCUUGUCACUCUUUCACUCUCACACCCAUCCACAUCUCUAUAUAUAUAUAUAUAUAUAGAGAGAGAGAGAGAGAGAGAGAGAGAAAGAGAGAAAGAGAGAUUCCCUUGAAGCUGAAAGGAAAGCACAGCAGCACUGGGAGCAGUAGCAAGAGAAGGAGGAGGAGGAGGUUUCAGCUUUAUUGGGUUUUGGAUCUGAGAGGGAGGAGUAGGAGGAGUAGGAGGAGCAAGAAGGCAUGGCUGGAGGUGGUGGAGGUGCAGCACCAGCUCCCAAACAGGAUGAGCUCCAACCUCAUCCUGUUAAGGAUCAGCUUCCCAAUGUCGCUUAUUGUAUCACCAGCCCCCCUCCCUGGCCUGAGGCCAUCCUUCUCGGCUUCCAACAUUAUCUGGUUAUGCUUGGCACCACUGUUAUCAUCCCCACUGCUCUUGUUCCUCAGAUGGGUGGAGGAAAUGAUGAGAAAGCCAGAGUAGUCCAGACUAUACUGUUUGUCAGUGGAUUGAACACUUUGCUGCAAAGUUUCUUUGGUACUCGGUUGCCGGCUGUGAUCGGAGGAUCUUAUACCUUUGUUGCCCCCACCAUCUCGAUCAUCCUUGCUGGUCGAUACAGCAAUGUUGUAGAUCCUCAUGAGAAAUUCCUACGCAUCAUGCGGGGAACACAAGGUGCCCUUAUUGUUGCCUCUACACUUCAAAUUAUAGUGGGUUUCAGUGGUCUUUGGCGGAAUGUCACAAGAUUCUUGAGCCCACUCUCUGCUGUUCCACUAGUUGCUCUAGUGGGAUUUGGGUUAUAUGAACUUGGUUUUCCUGGGGUUGCUAAAUGUAUUGAGAUUGGUCUUCCUCAACUAAUAUGGUUGAUAAUACUCUCACAGUACCUGCCUCAUGCGAUACAUGCGCACAAGCCCAUCUUCGACCGGUUUGCUGUUUUGUUUUCAGUUGCAAUCGUAUGGCUUUAUGCCUACUUGCUCACAGUGGGUGGUGCGUAUCGGCAUGCAGCUCCAAAAACUCAACUACACUGCCGCACCGAUCGUUCAGGACUAGUUAGUGCGGCUCCCUGGAUAAGAGUUCCAUAUCCUUUUCAAUGGGGAGCGCCGACAUUUGAUGCCGGUGAAGCAUUUGCAAUGAUGGCCGCCUCAUUUGCUGCCCUUGUGGAGUCCACUGGUGCAUUCAUCGCCGUCUCAAGGUACGCAAGUGCGACACCAUUGCCUCCUUCUGUUCUCAGCCGUGGUAUUGGUUGGCAGGGAAUUGGAAUCUUGUUGGAUGGGCUAUUUGGAACUGGAAAUGGGUCUACUGUCUCUGUUGAAAAUGCCGGUUUGCUCGCCUUGACGCGUGUUGGAAGCCGAAGAGUAGUGCAAAUUUCUGCAGGGUUCAUGAUCUUCUUCUCGAUUCUUGGAAAAUUUGGUGCCGUGUUUGCUUCCAUUCCCGCUCCAAUCAUCGCAGCUCUAUACUGCAUUUUCUUUGCUUAUGUUGGCUCUGUAGGUCUUAGUUUCCUGCAAUUCUGCAACCUCAACAGUUUCCGGACAAAGUUCAUUCUCGGGUUUUCCAUCUUCAUGGGCAUAUCUGUUCCGCAAUACUUCAACGAGUACACAUCCGUCGCCGGGUACGGUCCAGUACACACUGGCGCACGAUGGUUCAACGACAUCAUCAAUGUGAUAUUCUCUUCAAAACCGUUCGUGGCCGGCUUGGUCGCCUUCUUCUUGGACAACACUCUACAUAGACACGACAUGAGGAAGGACAGGGGGUAUCAUUGGUGGGACAAGUUCAGAUCAUUCCGUGGAGACACCCGAAGCGAAGAAUUCUACUCAUUGCCGUUUAAUCUCAACAAAUACUUCCCGUCGGUUUGA